UUUUGCUCACAGAAUUGCCGCUUCGUUCCCAUUCUGUCACUCGUUUCGUAAACCCUUUCGCCAUUAACUCUUUUUAACUGCUCUUCCCGCCUGGUGGUGAUGAGUCUUUCAGCAGGACGGCGAAUUUGGGGAAGGAUUAGCCGUAGAGAGAAACCAAGGAAAAGCUUGCCUUUCCACGUGUCUGCGUGGAACUGUAUGUGUGCGAGUGCUGCCCGCAGCAAAGAUGGCGGAAAGGAGCUUCCAGUUUCUGCCUACAGCAAAGAUGGCGGAACCACCUCUUCAUUGAAUUGGAACUGAUCGUGCUUGUGGAAGAUUUCCAGUUAGCUCUUCUCCUCAAUAAGCGCAAGUUUGUAGAUUUCAGCGCAGCGCGGGUGUCCGCUUCGGGAACCGCGAUAGUUUUCAAGGACCGCAUGAGGUCCAACUAGCGAGCCUUCAGCGGUAGCUUUUUGAUCAAGAUCGCCGGCUUGCCCCGUCCAGCCAAUGGCGGCGAGCAGGCGGGGAAGAGAGGCGGAGUUGGCGUGGCUGACUUGGUCGCCCCCCCCCUCGCCUGAGGCAGCCCAGUCAAGUCGGUGGAGCUGCUGGCGAGGCGCUGUCGGGCUGGCCGUCGCGUGCUGAGGAGACGGGUGGCUGCUCCGCGUUCCUGUUAUCGCUUCGUCUCCGGCUGAAGCAGAGUCCCCAAAAGCAGGAGUAAUUCCCGGAGCAGCGCCGCCGCCAUGCCCACUCUGAGGACAUAUGAACAGAGGGAGUUGUGAUAAGCAUUUUGGCCUAGUUCCAUAGGACACAGUAUUUGAUCACUGGACAUAACUAUUUAAGCUCCCAUAAGUGCUCUUAAUUUUGGAUAAAGAAGGCAGAUCUUGCUUUCUUGUGGAGCAGGAAAAAGCCAACCUGCUUAAAUGGUACAAGGGCUGAAGAUGAUUAGUGAAAAUGUACUUUUUGGAAUGGGAAAUCCUCUCCUUGAUAUCUGUGCAGUGGUGGACAAGGACUUCCUGGACAAAUAUGGGUUGAAACCAAAUGACCAGAUCCUGGCAGAGGCAAAGCAUAAAGAACUAUUUGAAGAACUUGUAAAAAAAUUUAAGGUGGAAUACCAUGCAGGUGGAUCAACUCAGAAUUCGGUUAAAGUGGCCCAGUGGAUGAUCCAGUUCCCUCACAAAGCUGCAACUUUUUUUGGCUGCAUUGGAACAGAUAAAUUCGGUGAGAUUUUAAAGAAGAAAGCAGAAGAAGCUCAUGUGGAUGCACAUUACUAUGAGCAGAGUGAAGAACCAACUGGAACCUGUGCAGCCUGCAUCACAAGUGAUAACAGGUCUCUUAUUGCUAAUCUGGCUGCCGCAAAUUGUUAUAAGAAAGAAAAACAUCUUGAUGUGGAGAAGAACUGGAAGCUGGUGGAAAGAGCUAAAGUUUAUUACAUUGCUGUAAGUUUAGUUAUCCUUGCAAAAUAUUCCCUUGCAUGCACGUCUACAAAAAUUUAAUGUACCAGUUACAUCAAGUACAGAGUAAAUUUAAAUGUUCAGAAUAUA